AUGUCUCUCAACGACCCGUCCAUCUCGAAGCAGAUGCGCAUCCAGAUCUGGCGCGAGGAGGUCGCAGCCUCAGCGUCCCUCUGCACCUGCCCGCCAACCUCCCCAGCCGCAUCCCAAUCCUCGACAAACAUCUCCCUCUCCGCCUCGUCCUCCUCAUCCUCCGCCGGCGGCGGCCUGGGCGAUGCCUUCUCCUUCCCGCGCGGCGACAUCCUCCCCUCCCAGCCGACCUACUGCCCGACAUGCUCCCGCCUCGGCGCCCCCUCAGCAAUGGGCCUCGAGCCCUCCUCCGCCUACCUCGACGAGAUCCAGCACUCGGGCGGCCUGCUCGGAAGCGGCACCUUCGGUGACCGCCGCGGCAGCCUCAUGCUCUUCCGCACCAAGCACGGCAACCACGCCAUCUUCCGCGGCAUGCGCAACUUCGUCCGCCGCAUCAGCGGGAGCAGCAGCGGCGGCGGCGGCAAGACCGGGCCCCUCCCGCCACGGGCUGCCGACGAGGCCACGAGCAUGUACCGCCGCGCGACCGUCGCUCACCUGGCCGGUGCCAACAAGGCCGCCGCCGCCAUCGCGGAAGCGGAGGCCGAAGCUGAAGCCGCCGCCAUGGACGACCUCGAGUCCGGGGACGUGAUUGGUGAGAAGCAAGCAAGGCUUCGUCGUGCCCAGAGGUUGCUUGUGAGGUCACAUCGCAACUAA